AUGGCCGACGUCGAGGAGCCCAAGUUCAACACCUUGGCCGAACGAAUCGCCGCCCUCAAUCAGCAAAAGAACUUUCAAGCACCAGAGCCCAAGUCCAAGAGGCCCCCUCCUCCGCCUCCGCCAACAAAUCGUCCUGGUCCGCGCAGCCAGACACUCCCAGUCGUCCAGACGAGUGGACUUCCCACCCCCCAGAAAAGUCCCUCGAUCCCUCCUCGGCCGAACAAGUCCGUACCGGCAAAGGCCGCCCCACCACCGCUGCCGCGACGAACCACCGAUUCAUCCCAAGUCGAAACGUCGUUUUCGCCAACUCCCAGGGAUCGCAUUGCACCUCCACCCCUGCCAACUCGCUCCUCUACCCAGCAAAUCUCACCAGCUCUACCCCCUCGGAGGCCAUCCACGCAGCAAUUGACGGUGCGCCGUAACUCGAACGCGUCCGAGAUUUCUAAUCUGUCGUCCCUAUCGUUGAACCAGACCGUAUCGUCGGCUACCAGCGUUCAUUCAAUUGACGGCCCAACGCGAAAGCUGCCUCCAACCCUAGAUCAGGCAAAGCUACCACCAUUGCCACCAACUAAGAGGGAACGAGAAGCUCAAGCAAAAGAAGCCGCCGCUCAACAACAGCCCAAGUUUCCUCUCGUUUCGGUCAAGUCUUCGCCUGCAAUUCGACAGAUUGAACCCCCUCAGAGACCGGUGCUACCCCCACGACUAACCUCGAAGUCGACCAACCAGCAAGUUCACCCACAGACGCUGGAAGAAGAACCACCGACGAACCCGCGAAGACUACCUCCGCCCCCCACAGCGUACAUCAAGGCCCAGCCGCAGACAAACGGCCAUGGUACCCAGGAACAAGCUAGCGACCGACCACCACUGCCGGGAAGACGACCAACUACCAAUGAUGACGCACCUCCUCCUGUUCCCCUCAGCUCCCGGCCCAGCGCCGCGCAAAUCGAGGCGGUCUCGGCCAGAGCUAUUGAACAUGUAAACGACUGUCUCAUUUGCCGCGACUUUUCAGGACCAGAUGGCGUCGCAGCCCAAUAUCCCGUACACAGCCUCCCGAGGAAUGAUCCUGUAGGCUAUCUAGCUCAAGUCCUCUGCGGGCCUUUCACGUCACACACAAACAAGGCGCGGGCAAUUUUCACUUGGUUUCACCACAAUAUCGCGUAUGACUGCGCAGCCUUUUUCGGCAACAAUAUCAGGGGUCGUUCGGGAGCUGAAACGAUACUCAUGGGCAAAGCGGUCUGCUCGGGAUAUGCUGAUACCUACAGAGAAAUCGCUAAUCGCGCGGGUCUUGAGUGUAUCACAGUGACGGGCCACGGCAAAGGAUAUGGAUACACAGCGCUGAAAAAGGGGGAGCGUCCGCCGCCCAAAAAGGCCGACGGCCAUGCUUGGAAUGCGGUACGAAUCGACGGCGGGGAGUGGAAAUUGCUCGACGCCUGCUGGGGCGCCGGCAACGUUUCUGAUGUGACCAAAGAGUUCACUGCCGAUUUCAAGCCGCACGAGUUUACUCGGAGGAACGACAUAUUUGGACUGUCGCACUACCCAGCCGAUGACCGACACUUCUUCCGGCCCGAUGGCAGGGUACCGUCCUGGGAAGAAUACUACAUUGGCACGGUACAUGGCGACAAACCCAUCGUCUACACCCACGCGUACGAAGAAGGCGUUUGGGACCACACCGUCGAACCCAAAGAGCUUCAGAUUCCCGUCUACAGCGGCCAGAUCGUGCGCUUCCAGUGGUCCAAUACAUGCGAGCACUGGACUUCGGAGAAACACGGAAAGGGAAAGCCCCCGUUGCUAUUCCUGAGUAUCAAGGGGCGAGACGGCCGCAAGGACAACAUGGUGCCCAUUGAAACGGACGGCUUUUGGCAUUGGGCCGAUGUCAACGCGAUAGACCUGGGCGCGCCGGGCCAGAGCGUCAGUGUGGCCAUGAUCACCACAAUUGACGGGCAGGACGCCAGGGGUAUGACGGCCAAGGACUACUUUGCGAAGAAGGGGAGAUGUGGGAUGAGUUGGACGUUCCUGAUGAAAUGGGAGCUCAUUUGA